AUGGCGGUGCCGCGCGAAGGGUGGAAGGCGACGGACUUUGUAGUGGACGACAUGGUGUACUCCAGCAUUGACGUGCUCAUAAUGGACGCCCUACGACACCUACAAUGCUUGGAGAAGAAUAGCACGCUCAGGCUGUACACCGCGUUCAUCUACCACUACAAGAAGUGGGCGGCGAAGAUGCUGAAGCAGAUACGCGACAAGCUACCCCAUGAGCAACGACUUAGGCACGUCGACGAGAUCGGCCACUACAUCCGCGACAACAAGAAAAAGGAUUGGUGCAACGAGAAAGUGGUCCGCCGAGAGUACAUCUGGCUGCACGGCCCUAAGGUCACCGAAGCCCGGCUGCGCCCCUACGUGAAGCAAAUGAGCCGUGAGUGUAACCUCAUUGCUGACCAGCCCGGGGAGGAGAACAAUGCCACGCGAACGGGGCCUGUGAGGUCGACAACUGUGCACACGAUCCUCGGCCGCAUAAAGGCAUGCCAGAUGGCGGCGAGGGUGGAGGCGACGCUGUACCGAGAGAAGGAGCUGGGCAUCAUGAGGGAGAUCUCGGUGGUGAGAUCGGAGGUGCGGUUCAACGUCCGCCACAAGAACGAGAGGGACAUCAAGAACUGCGCCGACCGUCGACGCGGCACCAUCGGCGAUACCUACACCGCCGAGCAGUUCCGCCAGAUCAUGAUGAGGGUGCUGCCGACAUGGGCGGCGUCGGCGUGGAACCCGCGGGCUACCACUCCGUCGCAGACGCUGUGGCGAUUCCUGCUCAUCAAGGUGCUCACGCUACUCUCCCACCACACUCUCCUGCGCGGCGCCAGCAUCCGCGAGAUCACGCUCCCGGACGUCUUCUUGUACCACCUGGCGAGCACCUCGGAGGUGAACCCGGAUAGCCAGCCGGUCGUCAUGGUGAUCGCUGCGCGUAACUCGAAGACUUCCAAGGAUGCCCGUCUUCAGCAGAGCUACGCUGCGCGACACCUGGAAGCGGAGCUGUGCGUCGUCGGCGAGACCGGCCUGUGGCUGCACUUCAUCCUCGACCAGAUCGGUCAGUUCUCCGGCACCGACUUCCUUUCGCCGCUUGACACCACAGAACGCGAACGCUGGUACAAGAAGCAUCUCUUCUUCGCCAGAAACGACAAGGAGCAGGAGGAGCUCUCCUCCGCCACCCACCAACGUUGGACUCGGCAGAUGUGGAGGACCAACAAGGUGUUCUGCAAAAGGAACGUGCACGCCGCCCGCGCCGGUGGUGCGCAGGAGCUAGCCAUCGGAGGGACGCCGCGCGCCCAUAUCGCCGAGCUGGGACACUGGGCUCUCGACAAGAUGACGCGUGCGUACAUCACGGCCAUUCCCGUUGGGGUGGUGAUGCAGAAGGCCGGCUACUCGGGACUCAAGCAAGACUACUUCUUGGGGCGCAGCAGGGUCGAGCCCUCCGACAAACUCCUGGACCUGCUCGCCGAGCACAUCUUCCCCGGCGUGGAUGCUAUGAUGCGCGAUGCACUCCGUGUGUCAGAAGCCCGGAGGAUGCCGGCGGCGCCGCCGUCGGCGACCGAUCAAACUCCGGGCGAGGGUGGCUCCGCGGAUUCGGCCAACACGGGGACCGGAGCCAAGAGAGAUGAUGGGAAACCCCCGCCACCCCCCCAGACGGCAGAGGAGGCCAGUUACGAGCUCAACGUGGUGCAACCGUGGCGGGAUUCAAAGACCACGGCACCGACGAUGUCCAAGGAGCCUGGCAUGGGCGUCAAGGGGCUUGGCCCCAAGGUGGUCUCGAAGCUACGCCUCGCCUGUGCGCUGGUGGCGCUGGAGCUGAAGCCGACGACGUGGGUCGACCGCCUGUUUCCAGACACCUGGGAGGAGCAGAUGCCGAAGACCGAGGCCGACUUGGCUAAGCAGACCGCACCUGCGCAGCGUCCUCCGUCAAAGCGCAAGAAGUCGGCAUGA